GAUUCACGACGACUCUAUCGAUUCACGACGGAAUUUUGCUGCUAAAAACAUAAGGGAUUGGCCACCGGUGAAUGUGAGCUAAUUUGUUUUCGGUUUAGGGUAGUUGGCGUUCCAACUUUAGAUGGGAGAUUAGAAAAAGUUGACCAAAAAGGGUUCACUUAACAAAACAAAGCAACUAUUACAAUAAAAAAAACUUAACCCAUGAAAUCAGAAAUAAAUUAAAAUUACAUAGCAACUGUGGUAUGUAAAAAAAUUGUGAACUUUAAAAGUGAUAACAGAAAGUUAUACGAACAAAAAUAAAUAAACGAAGUCUCUGCAAUGUCGGUUGUGAAAACAUGACAUUGAAAGUUACAAAACGAGCAAAACUUUAAAAAAAGUAUUUUUUUAUAAAUGUCCCGGCAUUCUGAACGGAGCUGACUCAAGUUUGUACAAAAGACACUGAGUCUUUCAUAGUUGUUUUGUUUGUCUACCAAAGAUGGCUUUAGUAAAAGAAAAAGAAGAAAAAUUUUUACGUAUGGCUUGCAGUGCUUUUAUUAGGCCAGGCAAUUCCACGCUGCUAGAACGUUUAAAGCGGAACGAAGAAGCGAAUAAGAAUAUGUUUGUGUAUUGCACUGAGACAUGGAGAGCUAAAGCGGCUAGUUCUCUUGAUGAACAGAUUAGAAGGAGGGUAAGAUGGCGGAAGAACACAAAUCAAAAAGAUACUUCAUUGAAUUAUAAAGGAAUAUUAGAAAAUGAACAAACACAAAAGAUUCGAGGCAUAGAAGCAUUUAAAGCCAUUGCAUACAGAGUAUGUCUUCUCCGAAGAGUAUUUCGAAAAAUGAGAGAAUACGCCAUGGAAAGGGGAGGUCAUGUAAAAGCAUGUUCAGGUGCCAUGCAAUUAAAAGACUCGGUGGUUGGUUCGGGCGAACAGAAAGAUUUGCUUUUUAAUCCUGACGAAUUUAAAAAUCAAUACCAGUUUGCUGUACCAAAAUGGUGUCGUAAAACAUGUGCUCUACCUCCCGAACAAAGAACAGUCACAGAGGUACAAAACAUGGCAAAUUUAAUGAGACAACUAAAAGAUUUUCGAAAAUAUUCAAGAAAAAUGUUACUUUUACUCGCUAGAAUAGUGAGAUACGAAAGGUUUGGACGGCGUCGUGUUAUAGUCCGGAAAAAUCACGUCGGUAUGAGUUUUUAUGUCAUAUUCUCCGGCCUUGUCGGAGUUGUUAUUGACGACGACGAAGACAUGGCAUUUGAAAACGAAGAAAAACCAGCUAACGUUUUGAAAAAAGGAGAUUCGUUUGGGGAAGUAGCGUUAGUUCAAAGAUCAGUGCGAACAGCCACCGUUGUUUGCUUCCAGACAACUGAAUUUCUAGUGAUCGAUAAAGAUGAAUUUUACGCCCUGGGUGUAGAGAAAUGCGCACAAGAGGAAAUGAUUUUUCGUUAUAAUUUCAUGAGUUCUCUUGAUAUUUUCAAAUCUUGGAAAGAAAACAUUUUGAAAGAGGUUGCCGCGGGAGCACGUAACAUUGAAUUUUUAUCUGAUCGAGUUGUCGACAAUAAUUCAACUGCAUCUGAAUAUAUCUACAUCAUCUCAAAGGGACAAUGUGAUGUAUUGCGUCUGUUGGAUUUAACCGUGUUAGAUGAUUGGAACAUGAUCAGUCCACGAUUAGAAACACUCACCACAACCACGGGUUACUCUGAAUCAACAGCAUGCUCAUUCAGGUCAGGAAGCAAGCUGUCGAAAACAAGUUUACCAGUGUAUAACACCUCAAUGAAGCAAAAACUGAACAAAGAAACAAGUCAGUCAUCACUCAACUCUUCUGCGAAGGUGCAUUUUAACAACAAUCGUUCUUCUUGCACCUCCCGGACAGCAAGUAUGAAAAGUUCCAACACAACUUUAGGUAAACACAAUGAAAACCACCCAUCAAGUUCCACACCACAUCGCAGAGAUGGGAGGCGUAUAACGUCGACGAGGGUUAGUCAGGAUGACAAGAGAACAAGCUGGAAGGCUGUGCAUGAUAUGUGCUGCACAACAAAUUUAGGUUUAGGAGCGUUUCUAAAGAUUGACAUAUUAACACAAGGACAGAUAUUCGGAUUAAAUUACCUACUGCAUGAAGAUGAACAAGGUGAAGAUAGCAAAAGAAAAUUCAUUCUGGUCAGUUCUGGUUGCGAGGUCAUUCGAAUACCAAAAUCAGUUCUAAGAACGAACGCUGACGAUACCACAAUAAGUAAAAUUAAAAACAUGAUGCGUUCUUAUCCAACAGACGAAGAACUGUACGAAAUCUUUAAACGUCAAAAUAGUUGGCGAUAUUUUCGCGAACAAUUGGUCGAUAAUAUAGUCGAAUUUGGAAGCGGUGUAAAGAAAGCGUUUAAGGAACGAUGCACAAGUAUUCCAAAAUUGCCGAAAAUUAAUAAGAUACAAUAUUUGUCUCGAAAUGUAUCGCCUGUGAACGAUUGGAAGAGAUUGGCAGAUGAAGGUUAUAUCAAACAAAGUUCCAGACCUCCAUCCAUUUGGAGUGUAUCUCCGUGUCCAUCCAUUGAUAAAAAAUCGAGCCAAUCCAAUCAAACGCCAUUUGUUCAAAAAGAGAUCAUCACAUCAAACGGAAGUCAAAGAAUGCUCGUUUUGACUCACGGUGGAAGUAGAGUUAAUAAAUUCCGAUUAGAUACCAAAGCACAUCUCCCAUGUAAAAAGAACACGAAUUAUGCUUGAGCUUUAGAAAACUAGUGACAAAUUAUAUAGAUACUUAUUCUAGUUUCUUUUUUGAUUAUUACUAACAUAUGAAAGUAACUUUGAAUUUGCUUUGUUCGACAAGCUCAUUCUGUCAGCAAUUGGAAGUCUCCUAUAAACAUCUAGUUGAAACAUGAAAAAAGAAUAGUCAAGUUAUAUAUGUGCGAACUCAUAUUUUUAUUUUGAUAAAAUAAUGCAUUUUAUUACUGUUUUUAUUACUGUUGAGCCCUAUACAACAACAGCAGCAACGACAACAAUAAUGACGACGAAAACGACAACAAUAACGACGACAAC